AUGCAAAGGUUUCAUGUGUGUUCGGGCUACUUGCAGCUUGGUAGAAGCAGCAUAAGUAAGUUCAAGUCUUGUUCGCCUACUGUUCCGAAACUUGAUCGGGCUUGCCGGUUUCAUUUCGGUGUCUUUUUCAAAUCUGAAGUCAAGCCUCAAGUCUUGACAGGUGAUGAUUAUCCGCGGCAACGCUCCCCAGGUCGAUCUCGAGAUGAGGAAGGCUUUGUCGGGAGCUUUGAAGGUCACCGAGGCAGACCUCCCUUGACAGGCGGUGGGAUGCCAGACCGCAUGGGCAACCUUGGGCAGAAUCUCAGACAACUAAAUUGGGAGGAGGAGUCGCUGGUCAAGCUCCAAAAAAACUUCUACGACGAGCACCCUGAAGUCGCAUCGAUGACUUCAGAGCAGGUUGCAGCGGCUUUCAAGGCGUUGAACGCAAACGUAGAAGGCCGUAAGCCGCAUCCCAGGCCGGUCAUGUCGUUUGAUCAUCUCAGCCUGGCGGACGAUUUGCUGCAAGCUGUUCGCAGCACGUUCGACAGACCAACACCUAUACAGUCCAUGGGAUGGCCCACCGCACUUUCUGGAAGAGAUAUGGUUGGGAUUGCACAGACCGGCAGUGGCAAAACACUGGCCUACUUGCUACCGGCAUUAGUUCACAUUGCUGCCCAGCCUUCCUUGAGCCCAGGGGAUGGUCCUGUUGGUCUUGUGCUGGCUCCUACGCGUGAGCUGGCGAACCAGAUUCAUGCCGAGGUCAUGCGAUUCACAGAAGGUUCCAGAAUACGAAGCACAGCAGUCUUUGGGGGCGUCCCCAGGUAUGGACAGGCUGCUGACUUGAGACGAGGAGUAGAGAUCCUCAUUGCCACUCCUGGCCGGCUACUAGAUUUUCUGGAGGCUGGCACUACGAAUCUCAAAAGAAUAACGUAUCUGACGCUUGAUGAGGCAGACAGAAUGCUCGAUAUGGGCUUUGAGCCGCAGAUCCGAAAAGUUGUUUCGCAGAUUCGACCCGACCGCCAGACACUGAUGUGGUCAGCAACUUGGCCCAAAGAAAUUCAGCGGCUGGCAAGAGACUUUUGCAGAGAGGAUCCCAUAAAGCUCACUAUUGGGACCGAGGAACUCUCUCUGAACCCAAACAUCACGCAGCAGAUUGAGGUUGUGGGGGAGUUUGACAAGCGGGACAGGUUUAUGAGCUGGAUCAAGAGUGUGGCAGCAGAGGAAGACAUCAAGGUGCUCGUAUUCACAGAAACGAAGCGUGGUGCCGACUCGCUGUGCCGCGAGUUGCAGUACCAGAAUUUGUCAGCCAACGCUAUUCAUGGUGACAAGGAGCAACGGCAACGGGACAAAACCCUGCAUGACUUCAAGACAGGACGCUGCAACAUCCUCAUUGCAACAGAUGUUGCCCAACGGGGCUUGGACAUCAAAGAUGUUGCAUUUGUUGUGAACUAUGAUGUUCCGAAGACCCUCGAGGACUACAUCCACAGAAUUGGCCGAACAGCGCGUGGUGGUGCAAAGGGCACCGCUGUGACUUUCUUCCCUGCGGACGCCUACACUCCUGACAUGAUAAGGAUGGCAAGGGCCAUCGGCAAGGCCAUGCGGGAUGUCGGGCAGGCUCCACCCAAGGAGUUGCUGGAUCUCGGAGGCAGCCGACGAUGA